AUGCUGGAACCUGACGGAUUCUAUGACGCUGUUCAUGCGUAUGGUCUUCCUCAGUCGAUCAUUGACUUUGAUGCCUCCUCGCAAGCAGAUGUUCCUUAUCAGGUGAAGUCUGCAUACAGAUAUACAGAUCCUUUUACUAUUUCUGGUAUUACAAAACAAGGAGGCCCCCUUUCACCUCUCAAAUUCACUCUGACUUCCAGCAUGGGUCACUACUGGCUAUCCGAUCACUGUCACUCCUCUCCUGGGUCACUUAUAGUGUCCACCCAAACGGCAUUACGGCAUGAUUUUCACGUCCCAGCGGACAACAUCCGACUCCACAUACCAAUGGUUGAGGCAAUGGAUGACUCUUACAUCACUGCCACCACACUCGAUGCUUGUUGA